AGAGGACACGUACGUCCGAAGCGUUCAUCAUAAAUCCCUUAAGCAAUAUGUCUGCGCCCACAAUCAUGUUGUGGCCCAGACACGGGUCCUUAUUUAAAUAAUUUAAAAAAGAUAUUACUGUCGAGCCUCUUUCCCUUGUAUUUCCAUUUUUAUGUAAUUAAGUGAUAUGUUCCCUUAGUUGCUUCACGAAUCAAAAUAGCGCUGCACGAAGAAACACCGAGUCAAGGCAUUGGGCUAUUUUCUCAAACGUUCAUGUGACUCACUUCCGGGGUGGAGAAAAGAGCAACACUGACGGCUGAACACUCCGUUGCAAGAGUGUAACAAAAAGAAAUGUAUCUAACCUGCUAGCUGUCCAAGGAAUAGCUACGGGAGUCGCAACAGACCGGAGCAGGUAUACGAGUCCCCAUGGCGCUAAGGGAGACCUGGGUGCCUGGCGAUAUCUUAGUUUACACACAUUGGGAUGUUACCCAUACGCAACAGCGGGCCUUGGAGUACAGAUAACAUCACCACUGGGAUAAACCAUGAUUCCCAUCACUGAGCUACGCUACUUUGCUGACACCCAACCAGCGUACCGCAUCCUGAAGCCAUGGUGGGAUGUGUUCACGGACUACAUAUCCAUCAUCAUGCUGAUGAUCGCAGUGUUUGGGGGAACCCUACAGGUCACCCAAGACAAGAUGAUAUGUCUGCCCUGCAAGUGGGUAGUCAACAAGACCUGUGACACCUACUCAGCUAAGAAAUACAUAAAUGAAACCCUCUCCUCGCCACCACUUGUCUUUGAGCCCAGGGGAAUUCAGUAUGACCUCGACCGACACCAGUACAACUAUGUGGAUGCUGUGUGCUACGAAAACAAGCUCCACUGGUUUGCCAAGUACUUCCCAUACUUAGUGCUUCUCCACACACUUAUCUUCUUAGCCUGCAGCAACUUCUGGUUCAAGUUUCCCCGCACCAGCUCCAAACUGGAACACUUUGUGUCGAUCCUGCUAAAGUGCUUUGACUCCCCCUGGACAACACGGGCCCUAUCAGAGACAGUGGUGGAGGAGAGCGACCCAAAGCCUCCAGGUAAAAUGAAUGGGUCCAUGGACAAGAAGGCAUCCUCUGUUAGCGAGGAUGUGGAGGCUAGCAUACCUAUGCUCCAGAGAACCAAAUCCCGCAUCGAGCAGGGUAUUGUUGACCGCUCAGAGACUGGUGUCCUGGACAAGAAGGAAGGUGAGCAGGCAAAGGCACUGUUUGAGAAGGUGAAGAAAUUCCGCAUACAUGUGGAAGAGGGUGAUAUCGUCUACCGGCUCUACAUUCGACAGACCAUCAUCAAAGUCAUAAAGUUCAUUCUGAUCAUCUGCUACACAGGAUACUACGUGGGCAAUAUUAAGUUCAGAGUAGACUGUACAGUUGAUAUUGAGAAUCUCACAGGCUACCGCAUGUACCGUUGUGCCCAUCCACUAGCCACUCUAUUUAAGAUCCUGGCGUGCUUCUAUAUCAGUCUGGUGGUGGUCUACGGCUUGAUCUGCAUGUACACCCUCUGCUGGAUGCUGAGCCGCUCCCUGAAGAAGUACUCCUUUGAGUCAAUCCGAGAGGAAAGCAGCUACAGUGACAUCCCUGACGUGAAGAAUGACUUUGCCUUCAUGUUGCACAUGAUUGACCAGUACGACCCUCUCUACUCCAAACGUUUUGCCGUCUUCCUGUCAGAGGUGAGCGAGAACAAACUCCGUCAGCUCAAUCUGAACAACGAGUGGACACUGGAGAAGCUGAGGCAACGGAUCACAAAGAACUCCCAGGAGAAACUGGAGCUGCACCUAUUCAUGCUGAGUGGCAUCCCAGACACUGUGUUUGACCUGCUGGAGCUGGAAGUCCUGAAGCUGGAGCUCAUCCCAGAUGUCACCAUCCCCCCAAUCAUCGCUCAGCUCUCUAGCCUAAAGGAAAUGUGGCUUUACCACACACCUGCCAAAAUCGAGGCCCCAGCUUUGGCCUUCCUACGGGAGAACCUGAAGUCCCUUCACAUCAAGUUCACAGACAUCAAGGAAAUCCCUCUUUGGAUCUACAGCCUGAAGAACCUGAGCGAGCUGCAUCUGACAGGGAACCUGAGUGCGGAGAACAAUCGCUACAUUGUGAUCGAUGGGCUGCGGGAGCUCAAGCGCCUCAAAGUGCUGCGGCUCAAAAGCAAUCUGACAAAGCUGCCCCAGGUGGUCACUGACGUGGGCGUACACCUGCAGAAACUGUCUAUCAACAACGAGGGCACCAAACUGAUGGUGCUCAACAGCCUGAAGAAGAUGGUGAACCUUACAGAGCUGGAACUCAUUCGCUGCGACCUGGAACGCAUCCCACACUCCAUCUUCAGCCUGCAUAACCUGCAGGAGAUUGACCUGAAGGACAACAACCUGAAGACUAUCGAAGAAAUAAUCAGCUUCCAGCAUCUGCACCGGCUUGUCUGCCUCAAGCUCUGGUACAACCAAAUCGCCUACAUUCCCAUCCAGAUUGGAACACUCACCAACCUGGAGAGGCUCUAUCUGAACCGUAACAAGAUUGAGAAAAUCCCAAGCCAGCUCUUCUUCUGUCGCAAACUACGUUUUCUGGAUCUGAGUCACAACAAUCUCACCUACAUACCGGCUGAUAUCGGCUUCCUCCAGAACCUGCAGUACUUUGCUGUCACUGCCAAUAGGAUUGAGACCCUUCCUCCAGAGCUGUUCCAGUGUAAGAAACUGCGCACGCUCAACCUGGGGAACAACUGCCUGCAGUCGCUGCCGUCUCGCUUCGGGGAGCUGACGGGCCUGACGCAGCUGGAGCUGAGGGGGAACAGGCUGGAGUGCCUCCCCGUGGAGCUGGGCGAGUGCCGGCUCCUGAAGAGGAGCGGGGUCAUCGUGGAGGAGGACCUCUUCAACACCCUGCCCUCCGAGAUCAAGGAGCAGCUGUGGAGGGCCGACAAAGAGCAGGCGUGAAGCGGCCGGCCCCAUGCCCAGGAUGUGCUGGGCCCGCAACAGUACGCACACGUGGAACGAGCCCUGUAGAGAGGGGUGAGCCCGCAGGGAGACUUCCGUUUUGAUUAAGGGAAGGGGUCAGUGGUCAGCCAUUUGGAACAAAACUUACCAGAGAGUUUUGCUUCUCUCUGUUAAUAAUUUAUGUCUUUCAAAAUGGAAGCCAAGGUAAGGUCAUCCUCAACAGAAUUAACUGUUUGGAAAGCCCAUCUAGGGACAAGCAUCGGGAAUAAGCAUAUACUAUAAAUGCUGUGAUACAUUGCAUUGGAUAUUGUUUUACAAUAAUCUAUGUUUAAAUGUAUCUGUCCCUAUCAAAUAAACAUUAAAAUAAAAUAAAUUAAGUGCACUGGAGAUGAACUGAAGAAAAAUAGAGAAUUGACAUCGAAAAAGCACUUUGUAGUUUUUUUGAAAUCCUUAAGAAAAGCGAGACUGAAACGGGUGAAACGGAAAUGCUGAGAGGUGUGGUGAGGUGGCCACGCCUGCUCCACUCAGGCGUGGGGUUGAACUUCUGCGCCACAGUUCUACAGCUAGCUUUGAGUGGAAAAGCAAAGGAGACACGAAGCAGAACUUACUGGACCGGGGCCUCAGAUAUCCCGUUCUGUAUUGUUGGCACUGUUGCGGUGGAAGGGUGGGUACAGGAUGAUCCUGUUUAUAAUCAUGUCACAGAGCAGUGGCUCUGUAGCUGUUGCUAGGCUGACAGUGGAGAACAGGGUCUAUCAGCAGGCCUUGCAGUGUCACAGGAGAGACUGCAUUGCAGCAUUCAGUAUCAGACUUUGUGCCAGUUCUUCACCUUUUGCCAAGUAAUGCCAUCUACCAAUACCUGUAGUAUAUCAGACCUUGUCUUUGAAAUCCCACGAAAGGACUGGAUUUACAACCUGAGAUCUGUAGGGAGAGACAUGUACAACAAGAAGCAAUAUGUGUAUCGAAUUGGUUCCCAGCACUACAUGUGGGAAAUAUCUUGUUACCAGCAUGUUGUGCAAAUAUUGUUCCAGAUUAGAGGAAAACAUGACUUUGUUGAUGUUUGGGAGGCAAAGACAGUGCAUACCCACCAUAGGAUAACUAAAGAGCCUGUUGUUAUUUAUGUAUGUUAAAAAUGUUACUUCUAGUGCUCAUCAACCUGGCAGGAUUCUGUAACUAAAAUAGCAAAGCUAACUCACAGAAAUGUUUUCUACAAAUGCUUGAAUGUUUUUACAUGAUAUUCACUUAAUUGAUGAAAGAGCUCUACUAGGAGUGACUGUGGUUGAGUAACUUUACCUUGAGUAUGAAAGGCAAUUUGUACAGGUGAUUUUGAAGACUGGCUAACAGUCUUUGAUACUAAAAUUGGCCUUAACUUGCAUUUGCUUUAUGUUAUGGUUUGGUUUGGUAAGGUAUAUGUUGAUUUAAAAAUCAUUAUAUUCUAAAUGCACAUAUUUAAAGUCAGUACUCACAGCAAUUUCCCUGCAUCUAAAAUACUAAUUGUUUCAGCCUUAGAACAAAAGUUGUGUCAAAUGCCUUUCUGUGCAAGGUUGAUAUGAGGUCAGCCCCACCCAUACACAUUGGUUAUUCCCUCUGGCAAACACAUAGCUAGUACCUGUGUUUAAUGUCUUUAUUUGUGUAAUAACAGAUUUUAUUAGCUAUUCAUUUUACAACAUUUAAUUGUAUUUACAGUUUUGUUUAUUUACCUCACUGUUCGAGCACCAGAGGGGCCCUUCUGCUGGAGGGCUGGAAAAACCCCCUACUUCAUGGGCAUUUCAAUUUUCAGAAAAAGGAAAUGCUCAAAAGACUUCAUUCAGGCCCACAUCUUCAGUGGGAAGGGAUCGAGGCCAGUACGGAGUCUGAGACAUUUCAACCAGCAUGCGCUGAACAAGGCUCCCCCUUCUGGGUUAGGCGUGGGCCACGAUCACAGAGCCGAGGAACAAUAGCCCCCAAACUGGUCCAGGCGUGGGUAGCAGUCAGGCGGGGAACAUGAUGCCUCAUGAUCAACUUUGACUUGUGCUGGGGCCCAAGGGCUUGCCUGAGGCCAUAUUCAGAUCAGACCGUUGUGUCACAAACAGCCUUGGUCUCAAAGAACUCUGACUCUUAAAUGCCUGUCUGCAAGUUCUCCCUUUGUUUAACCUUGUUUCCGUUACCUCCCCGAGCUGGGAGAGCUGUAAUUUCAGGGUGUCCAAUUCUUUCAAUGUACAGGGCAGCAGAUUACAGACUACGGACUGAUGGACCUGCAGUCUGUGGCUCUUCUCUUCUCAUCACUCUCUUCACUGGAACUGCUUGGUCUCAAGCAAUUUUAAAUACCUGCUCAUUUCUGAUACGGUCCAGAAGUACACAGCAGCUGUUGGGAAUUUCAGUUUGUGUGAAAACAGGGGCAUCGUGUCGCUUUUUGUUGGAAAUAUUUAGCUCAUAGUUAUCCUAUAUUAUAAUCAUUAAAAACUUCAUUGAUUUUCUGUUGUUCACUACCACAUCCCCACUUCCUCUCGUGUGUGAGUGAGUGCGAGUGUGUGUUUGUGUGUAUACACGCAUUGUUUGAGAGUGGGUUUGUGUUUUUAUUUUUGUUUAUUUUUCAAAAAUGAUGGCCUGAUCGUAUUGAUCUUUGUGCUUAUGUUAACGCCUAUAUGACAGGCUCUCUCUUGCAUCACAGGACACCAAAGAGAGGACUGCUUUCUGAAAAGUUCUGAAUUGAUCCAUGUCACAUGUUUCAGUGACAUGGGAAAACAAAACGGAGAGAGGCAAUGAAGACAAAUAACAUGUUCAUUACUGCAUUGUAAAAUAAGAAAGAGAGAAGUAACAGUAUGCACAUACUGUGUAUGAUACUGAAUCAGUAAUGCAUUCAUAACACAUUCUCUCUUGUUAAAAGCUGACCCAUUCCUCUACUAAUAAUACCCCUGUGACAUUGUUAACUGCAUUCUCAGUGUAAUACCCAUGUCACCAACUUGGCUGUGCUGUGCUAUUCUGGGCGUACACUGAGCUACACACAAUUGCAUUUAGACAGAAAUUGCAAUGUUAUGCCAGUUUCUAGCUUUGCAUGGCCCGUUGGCUCCUGAACACUACAAGUAAAUGAGCAAGUCUUCCCCUAAUCAUUUAUUGAUGUUUAUUAAAUGCAUUUUCAGAAAACUAUUUGGUUAGAGGGACUUAAGUUGCCAAGCAAGACAACAAAAAAGGGAUAUUACAUUUGCACAUUUUAUUUCCGGAUACUAUUUUAGUUUAUAUGGAACUGUACAGCAAUGCACUCCAGUUGUGUGUAAAAUUUAAGCAUUUUCCCUUGUGUGUGUAUAGUGCCCCCUUGUGUGGAAAUUUACUAGUUUGAAAGUUUGCUGCUGACAAUGUUCCAGUUAUGCAGUGUUUGAUGUGGGGAGUGUAGUAUCUGCAAAAUAUUUCAUUAUGUUUGUGAUUGAAUAAUCAAAUUAUUUUUCAAUCAUUAGUAGCUAUUGUCAGAUUGUCUUUUUUAUUUUUAGGCAUUUUUAGCUGUUUUAUUUGCCUAUUUUAAAAUAAAAGCAUUUGGCUAUUGUUAUUGCCAUAGUGCACAGGUUUUUAAUAGUUUUACUUCUGUCCUGAACUCUAGAUUGCUGAAGGUGGAUUUUUAAAAGGAUGAGGGAAAAUCUUCCUUUUUAAAAUGUGAUCAGAGUUGCCUUUUAUUUAGCCAUUGACAGCCAACAGUGCACAAAGCCUUUCUCAGGAAACGGAAUUCCAGCUGUAAUCCUGGCAGUGUUUUCUGUCACUGCCAAGGGUUUAUUUGCACUUCUUUUCAUAAUUUCCAGCAUCUGAUUUUUCUCUGCAUGUAUUUUAUGGCAUCACUCUGCUUUGUUGACUCUUGAUUUGCGGUUGCUGGAGUGAAGGUGAAAGGAUAGUGCCAGUCAUAUAUUUCUACCAUGUUAUGUUCACCAUCAUUCAUCCUGCAUUCAGUCCACAUUGGUUUGUCAGUUUAAAAGAAGCUUUUCCUAUGUCUGUGUGAUUAGUGUGGAGGAGGAAAUGUACAUCUGCAAUCCACUGGGCUACAGUAACUUAAUCGAUGGUUCUGUGAUAUGCUAGAUAAGUUUGUGCAUGCCACUGAAGCUCAUCAUCUGCUAAAGAAAGAGAUUUACAUCAGGAGAAUGCACUGUAGAUACAUUAUACCGAUAAGUGACAAAAUGAGUUCUCUUUUCAGAGGAGUUUUCUUAUCUUUUAUAAGGAUAUAAAAACUCCUACCCUGGUGCUGUGUGCAGUGUGUGUAUAAAUGAGCUUCACAGGUGAGAGUGAACCGUCAUGUCAGUAUUAACUGCACACUCACCUGUCAUUUGUGCUUCCUUUGUUUUAAUCCAUAAAGAUGGCAAACUGGACCAAUUUUUUAUAGCAACUAAUCUCUUAUUAUCUGUCUGUUAGUCAGGUAGAUUACUGAUAAUCAGUUGGUCAGCAUCUUUUUUCUGUUAUGCUUUUCACUUAACAGUAUUCACUUGCAACAUCCUAAAGAUUAAAUUUAAACUUCUUUGUUCAGCACAGGCCUUAAAGGCAGAGUUAUUCCACUAAAUGAAUUCACUCGAUUAUGGGCGAAAGAAUUUGGGAGCAGAUAAAACGAUGCAAAGCACACAUGUCCAGUUUUGUAGUGGCUGCACCACACAUUGUGAUACAAGUGUGUGAUACGCAAGUGUGAUCAUAGAUAUUUCCAAAACAGUUCAGCUGGUAAUGGCAAACUAUACAAUGAGCCUGCAUCUAAUACAGAUGGUGACACAGAGGGUAUAUUUACUGGCUUCUGUGGUUUGUGCUUGGAGCACUGCUAUUGAUUCUAGUUUCUGAACCCUGGUUAUUGAUGUCAUAUGAAUGCAGGAUAUCAUUAAAUCUGACUUCAGUUAAAUGCAUUUUCAUUGAGUUUAUUGAUUUGGAUUUGCCAUUUGUUGGACUGUUAUCAGGAUUACAUUCUUUGUGACAUUAGGAUGUGUUUUGGCUAAUAAAACCUGUUUAUGCGGUGUGAAUGAGUUAUCCUUAAUGACCAGAGCUGAGAAACAAUAUUCUAGACUGUUCCUCCAUGCAUAUUCAUAUUUCUAUUUUAUUUGUUAGUAUAUAGUUGUCAUCAAGUUCUAACUUCUACUGUAACUUCUUAGACUUGCAUUAUAUUUGUGUAUAUUAUUUGCUUGAAAAUGCAAAUAUUAUUUAUAUACUGUGCUUGUACAUUUCAGACUUGGCCAGUGGUGACUUAAAAAAUUUGAACUGACAAUUCAUAAAGGAGGUGUAUACUUCCCAUGUGAAUUUCUCUCUUCAAAUAUUAAAUCACAACUCAUUUUCUUCUAAGUUGCCAAAAUUGUUAAACUGAUAGUAUUGAUAGUAACUGGAAAGGCUUUGUUGUGUGAACUAUAAGUACCCUUAUAACAAUCUUCAAUAUCAUCACUUUGGAUGAAGUCUUCAAAGCUUUAUUGUUCAUUUCUGUUACUUUUCUACACAACUCUGACAUUAAAGUACAAUAAACUAAAUAUGUAUAAA